AUGGUCGCAGACGCACUUGUUUACCACCCUACGGUAUCGCACUACCUGAAGUUUGUUGCGACGACAGUCGGCCGCGACAAAGUCCUGCGCACGGUGCAGUACUUCUCACGCUUCCUGGCAUGGUACCUCUACCGCACAAACCGCCCCCUCUCAUCCAUCGCGCCCUUCGACGCAGCCAAGAAGCAGCUCGGCACGGCGCGCAAGCUGAUGCGCGUGGGCAAGUUCGUGGAGCACUUCAAAGCGGCCGCGGUAGCGAGCGACAAUGCCUCGCUCGACCCCGUCAUCAAGGCUACCAGCGUCGGCCGCCAGCUCGGAUACGCCUUCUACAUGCUGCUCGACAGCGCCAACAUCCUCGACGCGACGGGGAUCCGCAAGGCCGCGCACGCGCCGGCGCUGCUGCGCACCGCUAACAAGGCGUGGCUGAGCGGCAUCUCGUUCUCGCUCGCGCAGUCGCUGUACGCGCUGUACGGGCUGCGGGCGCGCGGCGCGGUUGUCGCCGCCUCGGCUGAUCCCGAAAAGGUCGUUGAGCUGAAGAAGGUUGCGCGCGAGUGGGACGCGGUUAGAGUGCAGUUGCUCAGCGACCUGUGCGAUAUCACGAUCCCCGCGACGGCGCUGGGGUGGGUGCAGCUCGAUGAUGGAAUUGUGGGGCUGGCGGGCACGACGAGCUCGUUGCUGGGCGUGUGGGCGCAGUGGAAGAAGACGGCGUAG